UCAUGGACUCCUACGUGGUGAGCUGUAAAUAUGCUGAGCCGCAGUUCCCGCCUUGUGAAGAAGAUUACAGUAAUUUUAGUGACCAAGGGGGGUUUUACAACAACCCUCAGGACAGUGGUAGUUAUGGAGGGGGUUAUCAGUCCAUGCAGCCCCCUCCGCCUCCAUACACACCACAACAAACCGCCUUUCGUUCUUCGCAGGGGCACAAUCGGGAGGAUGGAGAGGACCAGCCGCAGCACCAAGGUGCGCCCUUCCGCGGAUACAGAGCGACAGAUGCUGCCGCGAAGGAGUCGAGGUUCUCCGUAGGAGACCUGCAGUGCCAGGCCUGGAUGACCUGUGCAAAGCCCGCUCAGGUGCAGAGGAAAACGGCCUGCCAGGGAAAAGACAAGGCGCCUAUUGUUGUCUACCCGUGGAUGAAGAAAGUGCACAUCGCUCAUGUUAAUCCGAACCACGUGGGCCCGGAGCCAAAGCGACUACGGACGGCCUACACGCGCCAGCAGGUUCUGGAGCUCGAGAAGGAGUUCCACUUUAGUCGCUACCUCACGCGCCGCCGCCGUGUCGAGGUGGCCCACACGCUCUUCCUGUCCGAGCGGCAGGUGAAGGUGUGGUUCCAGAACCGGCGCAUGCGCUGGAAGAAAGACAACAAGUUGCCGAACACCAAAGGAAGGAGCAAAAACAAGAAGGCAACGGACAACAAUAACAACAGCAGCGGCAGCGAUAGUAACGUGAAGGCGGUGAUAACAGUCUGAACACAGAAGCCACGCGAGCUCCUUCACGCUCCAACACUCAUGAUGCUAAAUUGCUCCAUGGUGACGGAAGCAAUUCUAAACAGCUUUAAAAGUACAGGCCAUCCAUCGAUUGGUCUUUAUAGGGCUUUACAAAUUCGCUUAUGUAUUUUGCCUUAUAUUUUAACUUUUGCUUUUAAGUGUUUAUACAUAUGUCUGUUGUGUAGAGGUUGCAUCCAAUUUUAGUCUGAUAUUUAAUUCAUUUGUGGAUGUUUUAAGUCUUAAAUUUAGUGAAACUUCAAGGUUUGACAUCUCUGGUGAAAUUAGGGACUUUUAGACAUCCGAUAUUUAGGUCGCACGGUGCCUGGUUGGAAAGAAUUGUGUCUUUUGGAGAAAACAGGGUUUUAUUUCUACAGGGUAAACAUAAUACAGGGUUUUAUAAUAGCUACCUAAAAAAUAGCCUAACUUAUGAAUAUGCACAUUACCAAAAUGUUGUUCCCACAAACUGGCGCUUAAAGGGGCAAACAGAAUACACAGAAGACCAGACACGCCACAUUGCUUGGCGGCUGACUUGCAGAAAAGUUGGUCAAAUAAUGUUUUAGCUUUUAUUUUGUACAUAGAAAAGCACCCAAAAACAAUGCAUAUGUUGUAGGAUAAACAGCCAUAUCGUGAAGAUUGUCUCCAGAAGGUGAAGACACGUUUUAAUUUAGAGGGAAGUGAUUUGUAGGUCUACGCACAGCAACAUAAAGAAGGAAAUUGGAGGUUUUUAAUGCACGACGCCGACUGUAACUCCAACGUAUUUUCUCAGGGUUACAGGGUUUUAACAAACAUAACUUUCUGAAACUUUUGUUGUUUGAUUUAGCACCUAGAGCUUUAAAAUAAUCCUCUCUUAAAAUGUUGUAUUUUCAAAGAAUAUGUUCUCGCUUUGGUUCCAGUUUAAUAUGCUAUUGACUUCUAUUAGCCUACGCCAGUACUUAUUUUUAUUUGUAUUAUUUAGAAGCAUAUUUUAUUCUUAGCAAGCAUCUCUGUCCUAUUUUGUAUGUUGUUCAUCUUUGGGAGAAAAAGAAAGAAGAGAAACUGUCCGUGUAAGAAUUUUAUAUGUGGAAAUGUUUUGAUAAAAUACUUAGAUGAUAACAAAUAAAAAAAAGCGU